UCUAUCAUGAUAGCAACAGGAGGGCUUCUUCGUAUUUCAGCCAGGAGGCAAGAUUCUUUCCGCUCCCACAAUCAUGUCAGUAAACGCAAGAGGAAAGCCAAAAAGAAACACAAGAAUGAUGUGGUGGUAGUGAAGGGUAAAUUGAAGCUGUGCUCUAUCUCAGGAGUGAUCGCUGCCUUUGGGAUCCUUGUUCUGUUGGUAGGGGUUGCAAUGGCAGUGAUGGGCUACUGGCCUAAGAAAAAUGACAUUUUUGAAGCGAAUACAGUCCUAGCUCACAAUGCCACCAACAGCACUAGGCUAGAGACAACUUCUCUGGAAAUCAUUUCUAACUUUUUAGCCAGCUACUUGCAUUCUGACAAAUUGAAAGUUUUUGGGCCUCUGAUUAUGGGGAUUGGUAUAUUUCUGUUUAUCUGUGCCAAUGCAGUUCUUCAUGAAAACAGAGACAAGAAAACUAAGAUAAUUAACCUACGAGACAUUUAUUCCACAGUCAUAGAUGUACACAAUUUAAGGACAAAGGACAGUGUUCCUUUUAAUGGGUUUGUGAAUUACGUUCAGUCCAAGAGCAUGGAUAAUCUCAAGUCUCCUGAUUCCUACUGUGCAGCAAUGUUGGCCAAAAAUACCUGGCGGACACCUGUUAGCAAUACUGUUAAACAGCUUGGAUUAAAGGAAAACGCUGGCAAAAAUCACUGCGAUUCUGUAACAAAACAGAAGCAAUCUGUUCCCAAAGAGAGAAAGACCUUCUCAGAUACAGUCUACAGUAUUUGUAGAGACAGAAACAGGAUGAAUGAAAGGGCUCAGUUGCCCAAAAUGUGUGGAGCUAAAUCUAUCGUCACUUCUUCCAUUAAUGCAUUCACACUGCCAGUCAUCAAACUGAACAAUUGUGUCUUGGACGAAGGGGACCCCAGAUGUAACAGAAACGGAGACAAAGACCAGGUGUCAGAAAAAAGUAAAGAAACUCCACAGGAAUUGGACUGUGUUGCCUCCGAUCAGCUAGGGGAAAGUGAAUGCAUCCCAGGGCAUGUAAGCAUAAGCAACGAGCACCUUGCAGAUAAUAAACAGGAUGUUGAACCAGAAACUUCAAGGUUAAAUGAUAAUCAACAAGUAUCCAAGAAAGGCUCACAGAGUCCUUCCCAUGAGGGGUCGCAAGUACAGCUUCUGCCUCCUGCUCCAUGUCAAACAGAACUGGAGUCCAAUCUUUCCCUGCAAAUGUUGCCAGCUGACUCAAAAUCACUGGACCUUGGUGACAACACUUCCACUUCAGAGAUGCAGGGUGAGAUGAGCCAUCCAAGCCUCCCACAUUUAGACCGCACUAACAAUAAGGGCUACUUAACGUUAGAUGAUGGGGAGAAUUCCUUUCAAUCCUCUAAAGUAUUACCAGAACCCAUAGACCAGUCUGGUGAUUGCACAGAGAAUCCUGAUAAAGACAACAUCCAGGAAAGCACAAAGUCAGGCAGUGAAGAAAAGGCAGACAAACCUCAUCAACCUGUGCAGAGACAGUACACAAACAGAGAGAAAUUGGUAAUGAUUUCCAAAUCGCAUAGUAACCUCAGGAAGGAGAAUGAUGAAUUUGGCCAUUAUUAACCAAUAAUGUAAUCGUCCAUCGUUGGUCAUCCACAAAACAUUUAAAAUACACUGGAAGCUAACAAAUUACUAAGAAUAUGUCACUUUCUUGUAGUUAUGGAUUACUGAAUGUCAGUGAAGCUCCAAAGACUCAUAGAUUGUCAUCAAGCUAACCAUCAGUUUCUUUAGCUGCUGCUAAGUGUAAAUGCUUUAGCCGUUGAGUUGAGGUACUUCCAUCUCAGUUAAACAGUGAGUUUUUAUCAUAAUCUGUGAGUCAUUUGUAAACAGCUUGUGAACAUCAGAAGUUCUUUUGUCCUAGGCUUGUAAAAUUACAUUUUUAACCAUUGAAAUCAGCAGAUUACCUGUCCUGGAUUCUUUAUUCUGAUAAUCUGAAAGAUAUAUAUGCUUCUUGUGUAAGCAAAUAAUGCACUAAAACACACAUAAAUGUGAUAUUUAAAGGUCUCUGUGUCAUUUCACUGUUUAUGAGUAAAAACGAAUCU